AUUUACUAAUGACAUAUCACCAAAAUCUUGUAGAAGCACAUAGCAAGAGAGCAAUAAUGAUCACAGCACUUGUGCUAGGCGUUGUGUUUGUUUCUGCGGUUUGUGUUCUUUUAGCAUGCCUGAAACUCAAUAAGCGUCCAGGAGAACCAAAGAAAGAUAGAAGCGUAGAGCAAUUGUUAAAGAGAAUGGAAGAAGUUAAUAGUGGUGAUGAGCCUGCUUCUAACCAAGUUAAGCUAGAGGAGCUUCCGCUCUUUGAGUUUCAAGUGUUAGCUACAGCAACUGAUGACUUCUCUCUCAGAAGCAAGCUCGGACAAGGCGGAUUUGGUCCUGUUUACAAGGGAAAGUUACCUGAAGGGCAAGAAAUUGCGGUGAAGAGGCUCUCAAGGGCAUCAGGACAAGGACUUGAGGA